AUGAAGAACCAGAACCAGAGCCAAAAUCCAUUUUCUUCAGGUGGGAAGGCCAUGAAUAUGUCACUUGUUAAACUCCUUUCUUGCUUAUUCUUCUUCGUAUCCGGGUUAACUUUUGGGAUACUUCUUUGUUUCCAUUACAAAAGCUUCUCUUUCAAUCUACUGGUCACAAAUAGCCAAUUCUCUAUUUUCACUUCACAAUCAUCAUCAAGUAAGCCACCUAAUGUUAUCAUGCAUAACAUGAGUGAUCAAGAAUUGCUUUGGAGAGCCUCGAUGAUUCCAAGAAUUCAAGAAUUUCCGUUCAAAAUACGGCCGAAGAUUGCAUUCAUGUUCUUGAUCAGAGGGCCAGUUUUGUUAGCCCCUCUAUGGGAGUUGUUCUUCAAAGGAAAUGAAGGGCUAUACUCAAUUUAUGUGCAUUCUGAUCCAUCUUUCAAUGAAUCAGAUCCUCAAGGUUCAGUUUUUCAUGGCAGGAGAAUUCCUAGUAAGAAAGUCGAAUGGGGUCAUGUAAACAUGAUCGAAGCAGAACGCAGACUACUAGCCAAUGCUCUUCUUGAUUUCUCCAACCAACAUUUUGUUCUCCUCUCCGAAUCAUGCAUUCCCCUUUAUAAUUUUUCCACGGUAUACUCUUACCUAAUGAACUCGACCCAAAACUUUGUGGAGGAAUACGAUCUACCUGGCCCCGUCGGUCGAGGAAGGUACAGCAUCCUAAUGCAGCCAUUGAUAAAGCUUGACCAAUGGAGAAAGGGCUCCCAAUGGUUUGAAAUGGACAGAGAUCUUGCAAUUGAAGUUAUAGCUGAUAAUACUUAUUUUCCAGUGUUUCAAAACUAUUGCAAUGGUUCAUGUUAUGCUGAUGAGCAUUACUUGCCAACAUUUGUGAGCAUGAAAUUUGAAGGGAGGAAUUCAUAUAGAAGUUUGACUUGGGUUGACUGGUCAAAGGGUGGACCCCAUCCUGCCAAGUUUAUAAGAACAGAUGUUACUCCAGAGUUUUUGGAGCAGUUGAGGAGUGGAAAUUCAUGCAAAUACAAUGGUAAGGAAACAAAUGUUUGUUUCUUGUUUGCAAGAAAAUUUACGCUUAAUGCUUUGGAUAGAUUGUUGAAGUUUGCACCAAUGGUCAUGCACUUCAACAAGUAG